CAUUGAAGAUUAUUCAUGCAUGCAGCACUUCCUGGUGCAUUGUGGCCACACUGUUACAAGGAGAAGGACAUAUCCCCUAAUUGUUUCGAUUUACAUUUAAAUCGAGGGAAAAAGGUUAAAUUGUGUUCGAGAGGAGAAAAAACUGGAAUGGAAGACUACAUCUAUGGAAUCGCAGUUGGAAUCAUUUUAUUUAAGUUUUUGCUUUGGAUGUGCAUCUGUGUCAUUCGCUCUAACAGAAGAGAACACCAGCGAACAACUCGCCGAUAUAUUCUGGCAGUCCCAGGAAGAGGUCAGAUUCUCCGCGUACCAAAUACAAGACAGGCUCAAGAUAAUGACAGGGCAUCGAUUGUGAAAAACGAGGAGAUACCACAAACUCAUUGUCCCCCCGGGAUGCCUCCCCCAUACACGUAUGCAGAUCUCCCUAACAUCAAUAGUGGACGACCGUCCAGAGUUGUCUGAGGACCAUCUAAUGUUAAAGACAGAUAGACUCUUUAUAAGCUUAUAAUUGCCUCUAAAUAUAUACCUUUGAUGAUUGUUAUAAAUUUUUUGUCUUGGAGAUUUAACAUGGUUAUUGUUGCUAAGAAACAUGACUGAUUUAUAUUUUAAAAUUGUUUUCUAGAAAAUUUCAUUUUGGUUAAUCAUUAGUUUUGAUGAAAAUGUCUAUCUUUUUUUUUGAAAUACUGAAUUACUCUAGAUGAAAGAUAAAAAUGAAACGGAAUCAAGUCAAGUUAAAGUAUACACAUAUGUCAUGAAUUUUGAAUGUGAUAAUUACAUACAGGAUGCUGUUAAAUAUAUCAAUUAUUAGACUGUAGAAUUGACAGAAAAAAGUGUUUUAAAUUGGAAUGGCUUAUACUCUCAUAAAUGGCAUUUUUUGUUGGGAUCGUUAUAUUAAUGGUGCCACUGUUUUUCAUUAAGGCGCCUGAUCCAACCUAUGAAAUUACCAAGAAUGCAUGUUUUUGCCCUCUUCACAAAUUUAUGCAUUCAAUCGAUCGCUGAUCGUUAUCUGAACCUUUUAAGUUGCGCUUUAUUCAAAACUUAUUUUGGCAAUGAAUCAUCACUUUGGCAAAACUACAAACUACUAAAAAGUGAGUGUCAAACUAUUUAUAUUUCUAAUAUAUUGAAAAAAGGUUUUGUGAAUGUAUUUAAUGCCAUUAAUGUUAUUCCAUAGACCAGUGUGAGGAUGCCUCUCCGUAUUUCACCACUAAGAGGCAUGUUAAGUAGGAUGUGUACAACUUUUUGAUGAAUUACCGGGGGUAUAUUUCUAACAUUUAAAAAAGGACUGUUUACGUGGAGAAAUGAUUUGAACAUUGUUUCAUGUCUUUAGUUUGUUAAAGUAAUGACACACGCAUUGUUAUUUAACAUAACUCACUCAAAAUGCUUAACUUAAAUGCUUAACUUAAGGACAGAUGAUACAAACAUACUUUAAUAAAAAAAUUUUGAAAAUAACAACUUGGGUCAUGUUUUAAUGAAUAAAAUGAAUAGAUUUCA